AUGAGCAAUUCGAAAAGAAGAAUAGAAACAGACGUUAUGAAGUUGUUGAUGUCGGACCAUGAAGUGGAAUUGGUAGAUGACAAUAUGCAAGAAUUCCAUGUUAAAUUUCUUGGGCCCAGAGGGACGCCGUAUGAGAGAGGGGUUUGGAGGUUGCAUGUUGAAUUACCGGACAACUACCCUUACAAGUCGCCCAGUAUUGGAUUUGUGAAUAAGAUAUUCCAUCCCAAUAUUGAUGCGGCUUCUGGGUCCAUAUGUCUAGACGUCAUUAACUCUACGUGGUCGCCGUUAUACGAUUUAAUCAAUAUUGUUGAAUGGAUGAUUCCUGGAUUGUUAAAAGAACCCAAUGGGUCAGACCCGUUAAACAACGAAGCCGCCACCUUACAGUUGAAAAACCCCAAGAUGUAUGAAGAGAAAAUCCAAGAGUAUAUUGACAAGUAUGCCACCUCUGAGAAAUACGACCAGCAGUUUGGGUCCUCUGGCGGCAUCCCCGAUGACGACUACGAAGAUGAAUAUGGAGAUGACGAGAACGCCACUGAUGGCGUCGAGUAUGCUGAAGAAGAGGACGAACUGAGCGAAAUAGAGUUUGAUUACGAAGAAGAGGAUGUUGAAAUUAGUGAUUCAGAUCUAUUGGACUAG